AUGAACGGUGGAAAUUUUAAUUUAACGCUGAAUAUUGUAAAUCGCAUCAUCCCUGGAAAUGUAGCUACCGAAGAAUACACCCGUGAGUACAUCGAAAACUUAGCAGGGCCAGGGGAUAAAGUAGAGACUCUGCUGUCGAGGUCGGAAGAUUCAGAGCUUAUUCUGUCCGAUCUCAUUCGGCUGUUGGAGUUCGAAAAGAACUGGAAACCAAGACUGGGGGAGGAAAUACCCGAUGCUAAGCUUCUAUACGAAGUUGUGCGCAAUGCUCUCGAGCGUAACAAUCAGAGCGCCAUAUUGCUAAUCAACAGACUAUAUUUGCGCGGGUUCGUCAAGGAGUUAAUCAAAUCGAUUUUGAUGUACUUUGGGACCGCCCUCAACCCCAGACGAAAAAUCAGUUGUCGAACGAAGCUCGGCGGCGGACUCAAAAAUGCUAGCUCAACGGUGAGGGUAUGCAGCGGAGCCCUCCGCGCCAUCGCAACAACAAUUGAUAUAUCUGGAGACGGCGAUGUUCAGAGGUUCAAAUUCAAAAGCAAGCUGGAUUAUAAUGUCGCAGUUGGCGUGACCACGCUGUUCCUAGAUUCUGUAGUGGUGGUGGACAACGCUGUUAACUAUGAAAACUUGUUGCAGCUAUUCCACCCACACAGCCCGGCGGUCUUACCUAUCGAAACGCAGCUGUUCGUCUUAUAUGUGCUGCGAAAACGCAUAAGAUGUAAAGCUAUCAACGAUGUGGAUUCGGAUACAGAUGAACCUUCCCAAGAUGGCAGCCAGACAACGCCUCGAGAUGAAAGCAGCAACAAUGAUCAAGUGACUAAAAACGGAACGUAUGGAAGUGAAGGCGCCAACGUAGCACUAGUGACCAGCAAAUUGCCGACAUUGUCUAUUAAUGGCGAGCCUGCGGCAAGGGAGAAUCAGCACGUUACCAAGGAUGCAAAUACGAUACGAAAGCCUACAAAAAUAUCGCAAGGAACCAAACGACAUCGCAUAACAUCAGAGGAGCGUGAUCUGUAUCUUGAAGUGGGACGCAAACUUCUCUCCCGCCUUGCUGUUAGGUGGUCGGAGAAUGUCGUGAAUGCAUCGGGACAGAAAACUGAUUGCAUCUCGCUUGCUGCAUGCCUAAUAAAGCUCUUGGAUAUCGUGUAUGCGACGGAAGAUCACCUAAGUAAUCAGGAUUUCGACCGUGUGGCCAUGGCCAUCAGUGCCGGAACUAGCGCCAAGCUUAGCACCUUUAACGCCAAGCAAACCUUUGCAGCUGUAGCAGUGGCUAAGAAGUUGGCGGAAAUUAGCACUAGGAGGGAUGCUUUGUUGGGUAUAGAGCCAGGUCCGGAUAUAGAAUUCGCAGAAAAUGAAGACGUAUAUGACAAACCGUUGGUUUACCUCAAAAUUGCGUGUGCCCCGUUUACCGUUGAUACUACAGACAAGUCAGAUACGCUCGACGCCGUCAAAGUGCAAUCAGAAAGGGUUACGGGAGCAACAAAUGGACAGCAUGAAAGUGGUGAAACCGAUAUUGAGCAUAACAUUUUGGAUCAGGAACCCAGGGCGGGAAUCGGCAAUAUGACAAGAUUAACAUCGGACGGUAUCAAGCAACAUGAAAAGCAUGCAGAAUAUGGCGCCUCAACAACGGUGAUAAUGAACGAUGCACAACAAACGAAUAAAUCUACGUCGACACCGUCUGGAUUGGAGACUGAAGAAAACGACGGCGGCGAGAGCAGCUAUGCCAAACGCCACAUUGACAAGCUGGUAAAUGAUAUAUUUGCGGAUGUGCCAACUAUAGGCGCGUCCAAGCUACGUUUUGCGCCCUUGGGGGGGUGGAUGGACCCACCACAGCACAUACAGCAGUGUUACGAGCGUUUGAGAAGCAUCCCCGUAGUUGGUGACAUCCAGCCCGACAAAUUGUUCAAUAAUGCCCUUAACAAACCCCAAACGUUGCCAAACUUGCGGCAACGGAUGAUGGUGGCGCAGACGUUGCUCUACUUGCCCAUAAUCGUAGAGCGUAACGAGCCCAUGUUGGAGAAGUACGCCGCGCCCAUCUAUCAGAUGCUUGUCAAAAUUGAUGAUUUCGAGCAGUACAACGACCUGAUGGCCGAACUCACCCACAAGAAAAAGGUUUCGCUGCCUAUUUUGGCAACGGGGGAGGAUAGUGGCGUUGUGAAACAUCACGGUGAUCAUUCCGGUUCUCCUAGCCAAUUGGCUGAAAAACAGGCCGCGCUCUCAAUGACCAAACUGGCCGCUAUAAAACCAAUGAAGAUAUUUGAAUUCAUCUGCAAUGCAGUUGCCGACUCCGAAUACACAGUGACAGAGAAGAUAAGAAUGCUCCUGAGCAUGCAAACGGCGAUAUGUACACUCAGUGGCAAAGCAUGCGAGGAACUGAAACAACCAUUCGAAGCCCACGUCUCUAAGAUUUCAAAACUGCCGGGUGCCGCCAUCGAAGAAAGAAAUAACUCCCCACUCACUACCGUUCAAGCCUUGAGAAACAAAAACACAGCACGUCAAGCACCAAUUAUCGAAAUAAGGACGAAGACCGUUGUGCCGAACAAUCGUGUCGCAUAUACGACUAAACAAGCAGAUGCCAGCAAAAUUGUGAGUAGAAGCAACAUAGGAUCAGUCACCUAUCCUAUCGUGCAACGGAGCGCUGCGAAUCGCAGUGAUGAGCCCUCUAUUAACACAGAAUCUGGUAAUGCAAUUGAGACAAAUGGACCCGCAGAAUCAGAUCCAGCAAUUGCAUUGGGGGUAAAUGAAAUGAUCAGAGACGUGAGAACGUCUAACCAAAGGCAACAGUUGUUAUCGCGGGGUUCCUACCGUAAGGUGCCACUGGCAGAGCCAUCAUCUCAUGAACAGCACGAGAGAAACCCUGCAUCUGCAGUCAUAAAUGAAGAUGGUGGAAGGUCUGAAAUCACACAAAAAGCAGCGUCGAACAUACAGAGAAUAAUUAGAGAAGCCCUUGCCAACAACCAAACUCCCGAAGCUAUGGAUGGAGUUACACCUGCAUUUACUUCGACAGCAAAGAUUAACAUUCCUACUGAUGGGAAUCAAUCAACGGAUGCGUCCAUGAUUGCAAGAAUGCUAAAAAUAGCGAAUUCACAGCCUCAUUCAACGGGAAUACUCAAUAGACCGAUCGCCGUAAAUGCAAAGCGGCCCUAUGUACCCAUCAUCAAUCCAAAGGGGAUGAAUUUACACCACGGUAUCAUGGUGGCUAAUGACAAGACUCCAAUGCGGCCCAUUGCAGCAGAAAUGCCGCGGAAAUUCACGGGGAACCAUGUUGAAACCGUUGACGGCAGGUUCAAGCCCGUCGACUGCCAAUUGAAGAUCUUUUUUGACUUCGUCUUUGAAUGUCUUGUCAAUCCUCCCAACCUCACUCCUCACCGCCUGCAACCUACUGUCCACGGCUCGGGCGGGGCUAUCAUUUGGGUCGGAGCUGGCGUCUGGUGUAGUCGCCGUGGCAAGCUGAUCGUGAAGCUUCUGAGUCUCACCAACUACUCUGUCCAAUUCGCUUGCGAUGCUUUUGCCGCUGCCCUUCGCUAUCCUGUAGUCGCCGAGCAGGAUAGACUCAAUUUCGCUGGCAACCUGGCUGGUGGUGGCGGAGAGACCGAGAAGCGUGGCUUCAGUGACGAGUUUAAUUUCUUUGUCCUUGCCAUUGUUCACCUUGUCUUUAAUCCCACCGUAUAUCUCCGCGGCAAGUGUAUCAAUUCCUCCCUUAAGUCUGUUAUCAAGCUUGUCAGCGAAUGUCUCACAGGCUGA